AAUACAGGACAGUAUAAUUUCCUUUUAUUGGCAACCUUCACUCCCCUUGCUCAUCUCGCUGCCGAGCGCCCCGACGGCCCAACCCCGUCGCCCGUCUUCCUCCUCGAGCGAGCGCCGCCACCCCCUCCCUCCCCGUCCCGCUGCCGAGCGCCCCAGUCCCCUCGCUUCGUCGCUCGUCUUCCUCCUCGUGCGAGCGCCUCCACCGCAGUUUGAACUCAAAAGCAAGAGUAGAAUUCCAUGAUAUGAGACGUAAGGAAGAUAUGCAUGAAAAUGGCACUAUCAUGAUUCAGUUUGGUCAUCAAGUACCUAAUUACGACUCGUCAGCUAGUGAUUCUCCUCAAGAAGUGUCCGGAAUGAGCGAAGGAAGCCAUAAUGAGCAAAAUGAACAAUCUGGUAGGCGUGAUGGUUACACGAACAGUGAUGAAGGCAAGAUGAUGUCGGCUUUAUCUCUGGGAAACUCAGAAACAACAUAUGCACAGCCAAAACCUGACCGCACUCAUCCCUUUGCCGUAGCAUACCCGUAUGCUGAUCCGUUCUAUGGUGGUGCUUAUGGAUCGCAUGCUGUUAUGCACCCCCAGAUUGUGGGUAUGGUACCAUCCUCUCGAGUGCCACUACCAAUUGAACAAGCUGCCGCUGAAGAGCCCAUUUAUGUAAAUGCAAAGCAAUACCAUGCGAUUCUCCGAAGGAGACAGCUCCGGGCAAAGUUAGAGGCCGAAAACAAGCUGGUGAAGAGUCGUAAGCCAUACCUCCACGAAUCCCGGCAUCUGCAUGCAAUGAAGAGAGCUCGGGGAACAGGGGGCCGAUUCCUCAACUCAAAGCAGCAGCCCGAGGGUUCCAGUGGCAGCGACGCCUCGACGAGAGCUGGCCACAGUGGCAUCCCUGCAAACGGUGGCAUGUUCUCGAAGCACGAUCACACCUUAUCGUCCGGUGAUCUUCAGUAUCGUGUGAGAGGAGGCGCUUGAGGCGGCAGUGGCGAGCGGCUAGGUAAAGAUCCUAGCUAGUGGAGCCGUUGCUCCCUGGCAAAUCAUCCUUGGCUUAUGUGUGUGGUGACCGGCAAGCAAUCUCGGUCAGAUGUUAUGUAGCAGUAAAACUUGACUCCGGGCGUGGGCGAUAUGUUGCUUAGUACGUGGGGUGUUUUGACAGUCGUUGUGUUCUUCCUGUGGUGUGUCUCUGGGUUUGGAGACGAUGCAGGUGCUGCCAGUUCUCUCUCACAGUGCUUAUUUAGACUUGUGGCUAGUGUUGCUACCAAACUGGCACCUGCUUGAACUGUUUUCUGUCGCUACCAAAAUGGUUCUGUACUAAUAAUAACCGUUCCCUGCGUGAGAUGCGUUGCA